AUGGACUGUGGAGUGAGAGGAAUUGGCGGAGAGAUCAAACUGUUCCCACCUCCUCCCUACCACGGGGAACUGCAGAAAUGGGAAGACUGGUCGUGGCAGCUGAAGCGAUAUGUAGGACUGUACAAACCACCGGCCAAGACGCUGAUGGAUGCGAUUGAAGGAAAUCCACGCACUGUUGUUGAUGAUGAUAUGUGUGAAGCGUAUGAUGUUCAACAAACACGUUCACAGAACAACCAACUGUCACUGUUCUCGAAACAAUGGGCAUACAUGUUGGCACAGAUCACUGAUGGAUCUGCGAGAGCGAUUGUGAGGAAUGAAGACACAGAGAAUGGCUUUGAGAUUCGGCGUCGACUGUACAAUCAGUUCUCACUGCCUACGAGAGCUCGUGCUACGAAUCACUUGAAGGAGAUCAUUGCCUUUCGAUUGCGACAUGACCACUUGGAGAGUGAUCUGAGUACAAUUGCCUUGCCGAAUGAGAACAAUGUGUCCACAAUGCCGACUGUUCCGGAAGUCCAGUAUGAGAAUAUCACUGGAGAGCAAUUGGCCGUUGAUUUGGCCGCCUUGACUGGCCGCCCGAUUGACGAGAUCAAGAAUGAAGGAGUGCAGGCCACACUGGCCUCGCUCCAUCUGACUGGUAGAUUGCAGGUUGAACGCCAGGACAUGGUGCGACUGGCGACUGGCGAGUUCUUUGUUCGCCCGACUGCCUCUGUUCGAGUGAAUCCGGAGAAUGCCGGUGUCCUGAUUGUGGAUGCAGAGAUUGGGAAUGAGAGUCCCAAUGCAGAGCUGAGUGGGAAUCAGGCGAUUGAUGCCGCAAUGGGCAUCCGACCGAGGCCGACCUGUGCCCCGAGUGUCGGCACCGCUGCUGGCAAGGGUGUUGGCAAGAAUGGCGCCCCUGCUGAGGCACUGCGCCUGAUGAAUGAGACCUUGACGCCGCACAGAUUGUCGAGGAAUGGCCCUGUCAACCUAGAAGUGUCUGCAGCACUGGCCAGAAUGGACCUCGAAAAGGAUGUCACGAAGAUUUGGCAGAGACUGGAUGAGUUCAUCACCAGUGACAGCCGGAGUGAGAGUGACAAGAUUGUCUCGGAGGCCUGUGCGAUUGCAGACCGACUGUACAAUGCUCAGGUUGGACUGGCUGAGGCUGUGUAUCGUCGCGAGUGGAAUGACGAAUGGGCCCCGAUCCUGUCCUUUGUGAUUCCUGGGACAAGGUAUGCAAUGACCAGGGCUGAGAGAAUGUUCCUUACCAAAGGGAACUGGCACCUGGAAUGGAAGAAUACCACCAAUGCCAAGGAGAACCUCGUUCACGAUCUGGUGAAUGUCUAUGACUGGGUGAUGCUUCCCUCGAAUGUUGGCGAGGAGCUCUACCAGACUGGCACGAUUGCUUUGUCACAGUUUCCCUGCCACCAGCUGAAUGGCAGCUUCUGCGCACUGUCAGCAACACGCAAAACUGUGCAAGGGUUCUGCCAGGACUGCUUUGAAGAGAAUGCAGCCCAUGAAGGAGUGGUCUUCAUUGUCAGAAGGAGGACCAAACUGGAGGCCCACCGCAACUGGGUCGAAGCAUCGAAUGGGAAAAUGAAGUUGGAGAAUCACUUCAACAGGAGCAGGGGCAUCAUCCGAAUGCCCUUGACUGACGUGAUGAUGAGAAGCACCAAUGGCCCUCCCGCUGCUUUGCCUUGCGGAAAUGGCAUAAUGGAACCGCCUGGCGACUUUGUGCCACAGCAGCCUGCCUAUGGCGCUGGACUGCAUCAUGACUGCUCCACCUGGGAUGAGCUGUACGAGGAAGAUGAUGGAGAGAAUGCGAAUGCCUGGAAUGGCCCGACCUCCUCGUCGGCAAUGGCAUCGAAGAAGAAUGCAUCGACUGCAUCUUCGGGACCGGCGACUGUCCUCUCCCAGGUCGCGAAUGCAUUGACCCCUGGAGCUGAAGUGGUCCUUCGAAUGAACUCGAAGGCGAUGUCCCCGAAUGGGAAGUGA